AUGUUUGUUUGCACAACAUCAAUAGAGGCAGCACUGGGAACAGUCGCAUGUACUUAUGAUUAUGAGUGUUCAGGCGGUGAAAAAUGUGUAAAUAUCGCAGAUCAAGGCAAGGAAAAGGUAUUCCGUUGUCGUCAAUCACAAUACAAAGAUCCUCGUCAUGAUCAGCUUUGCCGCACAAAUGCUGAUUGCCCUUAUCAGCAGGUAUGUCGGAGGGUCGCUGGUGUAAGCUUGUGCGUUGACAUUGUAGCAUCAACUGAUCCCAAUGCUAUGCUAAACAUACAAAGAAAAGUGGUGAAAUUUGUUCAGGAUUUACUUUUUGCUAGAUUUUAA